AUGGGACAGAUGGAGGCAUGUGAAACUGUCUUGCAUGUUCUCGUCUAUCUAACGAUGCAUCUAAUUGCGCCAAUGUCGGCGAGUCCAUCGUCGUCACACGUCCGCAAUCCAUCCAACACAGCUCAAAUAGGCAGCAGAAGCUGCUCCAACUGCACAAUCGCAGGCAUGUUGCUGAUUGCCCGUGUUCUAUCACUCUUGUUAAGGUAUGUGGUUGGAGCGACAGGAUCACAAAGUGUUUCGUUUCACACGCUUUCUUCUGGACUACUGGACUACUGGGGGAAAUGGUCAUAG